CACUCUCCCAUCUCACUCAACUCACCCUCACAUCUUAACAUUUCUAAAGCUCCUUCUCCUCUCAAUAUCUCAUGGCAAACGCUCUUGAAGUCUCUGCUCUCAAUCGCAUCAAGCUGCAUCUUUUAGGAGAACUCUCUCCCCUCACCCAAUUUCAGGAACCAAACACAACCUCCCUCUGUUCCCAAUCUUCAACUUCCGAUUCAUUCACCACAGUUGACCAAAUCUUCUCCGAAUUCCUCGAUUUCCCAACUACUACUACUUCUUCCACAGAACAAAACCAGUUUUCUGCAUUCGAGUUUGAGCCAAAACCCGAAAUAAUUGAGCCACAAUUGGAAUUCAGUUUUCCAACCACACGCUGCAAAUCGAGUCGAAGGCCGUCGCUGCAAAUCUCUCUCCCGAAGAAGACCGAGUGGAUCCAAUUUGGAGAGCCCGAGGUUACCGAAACGGUGUCGCAGAGUAACCCGAACGCGGAAGAGAAGAAGCACUACAGAGGAGUGCGACAGAGACCGUGGGGGAAGUUUGCAGCGGAGAUCCGGGACCCGAACAAGCGCGGCUCCAGGGUGUGGCUUGGGACGUUCGACACGGCUAUCGAAGCCGCCAAAGCCUACGACCGAGCCGCGUUCAGGCUUCGCGGCUCCAAAGCCAUCCUCAACUUCCCCCUCGAAGCCGGCGCCGAUGACCGCAAACGCCAAAGGGAAGAGAAGGUGGAGCCGGUGCUUGAAGUCGUCAAGAGAGAAAAGAUAGGGGAAUCCGACGUUAGUCUUAUUAAGAAUAAUCCUUUAACGCCGUCUAGUUGGUUAGGGUUCUGGGGUAGUGAUGCAAACGGAAUAUUCACCGUGCCGCCCUUGUCACCGUUAUCUCCCCACCCGGCGUUGGGUUUUCCACAGCUUAUGGUUGUGUGAAAUCAUUUUUUUUUCUUCUUUCCUUGUCGAAUAUGGAGAUAAUUUAUUCAUUUAUUUAUUAUAUUGAACUCCUAUUGCUUUUGCCUAUUC